GGCAGCAAGAUACCAAUUUCGAGAGAACGGAUGUGGAUCAAUAUCAAUGCCGAAUUUUGAGAUUAUAAUUUUGUUAUAAGACCGUACACAGCACGAACAUGCUCAUAUAACAUAUCAAUCAGUCUGAUGGAGGAAGAUGGAAAUUUGUAUUCUGCAGGAAUUAAGUGGAUGAUAGAAAACAUAGGCAGUGCCUUGAACCAGGAUAAAUUUAAUUGAUGCUUGAUUGAGUUGUCAUCCCUACAGAAGUGAAGAUGCCUUCACCGGUGAAUGUAGCAGUGAAAGAAACAGAGGUAGUCAAGCUGGUUCUUGACUUCCUCCACACGAGGGAGCUCUAUCUGUCGAUGCGAUCUCUAGAGCGUGAGAGCGGAAUCGUCAAUGGGCUCUUUUCAGAUGAUGCCCUUUUCUUGAGACAGUUGAUCCUGGAUGGGCAGUGGGAUGAUGUUCUUGAAUUCAUCCAACCGUUACAGAGCAUUGAGAGCUUUGACUCAAAGGCAUUCCAAUAUCUUAUCCUCAAGCACAAGUUCCUUGAGAUGCUGUGCAUGAAAAGUGAAGAUUUCCAGCACCUUCAAGUGGAGUUCUCUAGUGAGGAGGUUGUAAGUUGUCUAAGUGAGCUUGAACCAUACUGCCCGAGUAAAGAGGAGUAUAGCGCUUACUGCCUAUUGUUGACACUCCCUCGGCUGACAGAUCAUCAUAUGUACAAGGACUGGAGUCCCAGCAGUGCAAGGGUCCAGUGCUUCCAGUCUGUCUACCCUCUUGUAAGUAGAUUCCUCCCAGUGGACAAGGCUUUAGCAGAAAAUGAAAGCACUGCCAGCAAAGACAGGCUAGUGCAGCUUAUACUCAAAGGACUGUUGUUUGAAAACUGUGUUGAAUAUUGCCAACAAAAAGCCAUCAACCGCGAUGCGAAGACUAGCCAGAUUGUCCUACGCAGCAUGAUGACAGGGACGCCGGCUGAUGAUGCCGACCUGAGCUUGUUAUCGUGGUUGCAGAGUCUCCCUUUCGACACCUUUGCCACACCCUUCGAGCAGCGAUCUUUACAAAUAUCAGUCAAUAAGAUCAUCAAGCCAAGCACAUCCUUUUCUGAGCAAAUCAUGACUCCAAUGACACCGACUCCUGGAAGCAAGACAAGAAUGUACCCUUCUCCAUCGCCAUCAACGCCCACUUUGUACAGAGGCAGGCCAUUUUCCUCAAGCUCCAGAGCCCUCUCGCAAUCGCUCACACCAAACCUAGAGAGCUUACUUAACCAAGCUAAGAAAAAAGAGGAUAAUGGAACAGGUGAUCCAGGAAUGCUCUCAAGAUCUUUGAUCAACAUGCAGCUGUCAGGAAGCAGCAGCACCAUGCGUGAAUCCUUACCCACCCUUACAGAAGGCGUGGAGAAACCAUCGGGAGCUCCGUUUUCCAUCAGCAAUCCUUCAGUCAGUCCAAGUAUACCAGCCAGAUUUAAUCCAGGAGCUAAUGCAAAGGUAAGUUCUUUCCGUAAUCUAUUAAAAAGUUUUUAAAAGUAAGAAAUCCCAGGAAUGUUUGUAAACGACUCAGCAAUGCAAAUUGGGCUACCCACUGUACAAAUUGUGGUACAUGUAUUGAUACUACUGUAUCUAUCUCCGAAAUCUUAUGCUUCAAAUGUUUUUAUGGCCUCGUUGAUCUGGGGUCUCUAUUUGUAGCUGGAGCUUGUCAUCUUUUCAGCUUUGAAUUUUAUAACAUUUUUGUCUCACCUGCAUAGCAGAGUGAGACUAUAGGCGCCGCUUUUCCGACGGCGGCGGCGGCGGCGUCAACACCAAAUCUUAACCUUAGGUUAAGUUUUUGAAAUGACAGCAUAACUUAGAAAGUAUAUGGACCUAGUUCAUGAAACUUGGCCAUAAGGUUAAUCAAGUAUUACUGAACAUCCUGCCUGAGUUUCAUGUCACAUGACCAAGGUCAAAGGUCAUUUAGGGUCAAUGAACUUAGACCAUGUUGGGGGAAUCAACAUCAAAAUCUUAACCUAAGGUUAAGUUUUUGAAAUGUCAUCAUAACUUAGAAAAUAUAUGGACCUAGUUCAUGAAACUUAUACAUAAGGUUAAUCAAGUAUCACUGAACAUCCUGCAUGAGUUUCACGUCACAUGACCAAGGUCAAAGGUCAUUUAGGGUCAAUGAACUUUGGCCGAAUUGGGGGUAUCUGUUGAAUUACCAUCAUAACUUUGAAAGUUUAUGGAUCUGAUUCAUGAAACUUGGACAUAAUAGUAAUCAAGUAUUACUGAACAUCCUGUGCAAGUUUCAGGUCACAUGAUCAAGGUCAAAGGUCAUUUAGGGUCAAUGAACUUUGCCCAAAUUGGGGUAUUUGUUGAAUUACAGCCAUAAAUUUGAAAGUGUGUUGGUCUAGUUCAUAAAACUUGGACAUAAUAGUAAUCAAGUAUCACUGAACAUCCUUUGCGAGUUUCAGGUCACAUGAUCAAGGUCAAAGGUCAUGUAAGGUCAAAGAACUUUGGCCACGUUGGGGGUAUUUGUUGAAUUGCCAUCAUAUCUCUAUAAGUGUAUUGGUCUAGUUCAUAAAACGUGGAAAUAAGAGUAACCAAGUAUCACUGAACAUCUUGUGCGAGUUAUAUUAGUUUUCAAAAUCAGCACUGCUGCUAUAUUGAAUCGCGUGAUGCAGGUGAGACGGCCAGAGGCAUUCCACUUGUUAAUAAAGAAAAUGUAAUUUUUUUUUAAUGAUGUACUUUGUGGUGUCUUGUGAUCAUGUGAUCUUCACAAAUACCUAUUCUUAAGUACUCAAAUUGUGACAGGUUUGCUGUGAAAACGGCAUUGCGUAAAAGCUCUCCUGGAAAAGUUUGCCAGAAAUUUGUGAUGUACAUGUAUACUGCACAUACAAUACAUGUAUGAAGAACAAAAAUAGCCUGUUGGCCAUAUAUAAGGGAUCAUGCGAAUUGUAAUAUGUACUGUCAGUUCAUGAAUCUUGAAUAUGAAAUACAUGUCAGUGCACAUGCCUGGAUAUUUUUUUUUUUCUUGUAAUUAUUCAGCACAUUCAUGAUUUGGGGAUAAUAGAUACUAUUCUUCAUACGACAUGUUUUUUUUUUUUGGGGGGGUGGGGUGCGGAGGGGUGCCAUUUAAAAAAUAAUCUUGAUGUUUGAACCCUUUCUGACUAAUCAAGAAAUGUCUGUACCCCCCAAAAACCCUUGGUUCCGAUUUAUCGAGUGAACAGAAUUUUGUUAAUUUUGAUGAUUUUAUACCUUUUUAAAUCUACAAUAUAUGCAAUGUUAAUUCUUUAGGCCUUAAUCACUAAUUUUGUAAACCAUUGUGUUUGGUGUUU